CAGGCUGGGGAGGACAUAAAGCAUCCCCCCACCUCCGCCUAAUGGGGUACCUGCCUGCACGUUGUCUGUAGCCUCUACCGACAGCUUGCCGCCUGCUCGUGGCUGGAGGACCCAGCCUGGCCAUGAAUGCCCACCUGGCCAUGCCGCCCUACCUGCCCUACCCAGGUGCGGUCAGGUAUGGGGACUACUACUGGCUUUCUCCAGGGAGCAUGGACAGCAUGCCCGCCGAGGAGGCUCCGCCGGCUGACGCCCUCCCUUUCCCUGCGGUGGAGAAGACGCCCAGCCACCCAGACAUCUCUCCGGCUUCCUCCAGCUCUGGGACCCUCAUCCAAUACACCCCCGACUCUGCCACUAGCCCCACCACAGACCGCCCAUCCCCCCAUCCCUCUUCCCAGAAGGUCAAGGAGGAAGGUGAAGGUGUGGUGAAGAAGGCCAAGAGCCGCACAGCAUUCUCCCAGGAGCAGCUACAAAUCCUGCACCAGCGGUUCCAGAGCCAGAAGUACCUCAGCCCUCAGCAGAUCCGGGAGCUUGCUGCUGCCCUAGGGCUCACUUACAAGCAGGUGAAAACAUGGUUUCAGAAUCAACGGAUGAAAUAUAAACGUUGCCAGAAGGAGAGCCAGUGGGUGGAAAAAGGGGUGUAUCUACCACAGAACGGGUUUCAUCAGGCUGCGUACCUGGAUAUAGCCCCCACAUUCCACCAGGGCUUCCCGGUCAGCACCAGCAGGAACCUUCAGGCUGUGACCAACAUGCAGCAGGCUUACAGCGCUGGCCAGACUUAUGGGAAUGGGCAGAGCCUGUACUCAUUCAUGGCUGUGGAGGAUGAGGGGCUCUUUGGAAAAGGUGGGACAAGCUGCAAUACCCAGCAAGCCAUGGGUUUGUUAAGCCAGCAGAUGAACUUCUAUCAUGGCUACACUGCUGAUAUGGAUUAUGUCAACCUGCAGUCAGAAGAUACCUAUGGCUUCCAGAGCACCUCUGACAGUGUCACACAAUUCUCAAGCUCUCCUGUACGGCAUCAGUACCAGGCCCCUUGGCAUCCCCUGGGGACCCAGAGUGGUUAUGAAUCUUAGGCCUAAGUAUUAUUUUCUUCCUUUUGUUUCCUCUUAUGGGGUUUCUAGGGUCUUAACUCAAGGAUCCAGUUUGUAUUCCUUUUUUUUGCCCUUCCUCCCCUACUCCUGUUUAAGUCAUUGGCGGGGCUCACCACCCUGCUGCCUUGGGAUAGUUUUCUGUUUAAAGGCACCUGUCUGUCCAUAGCUAACCCUUGGCAAAGGUGUUUUGUGUGCAGAUAGGUGAAACUUCAUUCAUGGAGGGGAAUGUCCAAUGCCACAGUCAGGAACAGCAGAGGUGGUAAAGGUCUAUGUUGGCUGUCCAAGUUUCAUCUUCCUCUGCUGCCUCUUCACCAAGUGAUCUCUGAUCUGUUCCCUGUUAUGUCUUGCAGCAGAUCUUUGCUGGAGAAGAAAACCCAGCACUUCAGCAACUUUCCACCAGAAAUACGCUGCUGUAGCCCAGAAUCUUUCAUUCUGUCUUGCAUAUUUCUGUUGUUAUCUCAGUCAGCUGACUGCUAGUAGGUUGUUCAUCUGCAUCCUCUCUUCCUUCACUGAGAAGCUAUGAGUCAUCUGAUUUCAGAUUACUUGAUCCAGUUACUCCCAGCAGCUCCUCCUGGAGGGGUCAGCACCUGCCUACCCCUUGCUCACUGCCCUCCUGUGUACACAGGGCAGUUGAGAGGAAGUGAGGUGCAGAGGAAAGUGGAUUACUGCCCAUAUCUGACAUGGAAACUUUGUUUUCCAAAACUGUUAAAUUACUUGUGCCUGUCAGCUCAUUCAGGAUGGUGUCUCUGGGACCUAUCCCUACCCAGUUUAGAUCUUGUCCUUCUGCAUUGCUGUUGAGCAACUGUUGGCCUGUCCCAGCCCUGUCCCAAUCUGUAAACUGCAGCAGCGGGUAGCCCUGAGCACCAUUGUCGCAAGUGUGAGGAGUGGCUGUGUGUAGCCAUUUUCAGAGGGGUGAGAACAGUCUGCUUAUCUGUACAUGAUGGUCCCCUAGCACUUCAUAAACACAGCACUGCUACAGUGCAGCUUUCUCUGGGGUAGAGGCAGGUAGUUAGGUAAAAGAUUUUGUUAUUGUAAACAUCAGUUUAAUGUCACUUACCCUGGAAACUGGAUGUUAGGGAUGGGGAAUCCUGUUGGGUCUCAGCAGUUGUCAUCCAAGGGCCUAGAGCAGGAUGGCUCUCCACUCUCUUGUCUAAUCCCAGUUUUAAGAGUAUAAGCUAGUAGGAUUUUUGUCUCUUGUUGAAUCAUCCUUUUCAAGUGUGAAGAAUCUGGAAGUCAGCUCCAAUCUGUGUAAAACUGACCUUUUUGUUUUUUGGGGUGUUUUUUUUGUUUGUUUGGUUUUGUUUGUUUUUGUGGUUUUUUUGUUUUGUUUUGAUGCUUUUUUGGGUUUUUUUGUUUUUUACAAGAUACGAAACUGCAGAGUUCUAUCUGCCACUGCCCAGGAAUACAAAAUGGCAGGAGUUGGCCAGAGUAAAUGAGAUGGUAAAAGCAUAUAUAUUCAUGUGGUAGAGUGUGGGGUGUUUUUUUUUGUUUGUUUGUUUCUUUUUUUGUUGUUGUUUGGUUGGUUUUUUGUUUGUUUAGUUGUUUUUUUUUGUGGUUAGCACACAUUUUUGCUGCAACCCUGUCUUCAAAUGUCUGCCCAAGGGUUGUAUGUCAUAGUUAAACUUUCACUGCAAAGGAGACAUUUGUUGUUGUUCCAGAAUAAUUUUUCUUGAAGUCUGUUUUCUUGCAGUCAUCUCAAGAAUGUUUAAUGUUAAUGUGCAUGUUCUCUUUUUAUACUUUUUUUUUCUGCUUAAUGUUUUUAAAAACUUGUUUGAAUUGAAAAUAAAUUGUUUUAUUUUAAAGUUG